GAGAAGGCGCGAUGGAUCGAGUGUCACUAUAACAGAAGAACAAAAUCAGCGUGGCAAGUUUGCAGAACCUGACAGCCGCUCUGCGCCAGCGGGGACCUCCACGCUUCACACUUCUUCCUUCUUUUCUUCUGCUUAGCUCAGGGUGAAACGUCCACGUUCAACAUGUCCGACAACGAAGAGUACGAUCAGACAGAGGAGUACGAUGCGGAAGAGUUAGUAGAGGAAUUAGAGCCGGCCCCCGAGACAGAACCUGAAGUAGAACCUGAAUCCCAGGCAGAACCUGAAGUAGAACCUGAACCCGAGGUAGAACCUGAACCCGAGGUAGAACCUGAAGCGGAAGCAGAGGAUGAGGCCGAAGAGGCCUUUGAAGAGGAAGAGGAGAAGCCAAAGUUCAAGAUGAGCGCUCCCAAGAUCCCCGAUGGCGAGAAAGUCGACUUUGACGACAUCCAGAAGAAGCGUCAGAACAAAGAUCUGGUGGAGCUGCAGGGCCUGAUCGACGCCCACUUUGAGCACCGCAAGAAGGAGGAGGAGGAGCUCAUCGCCCUCAAAGACAGGAUUGAGAAGCGUCGCGCCGAGAGGUCUGAGCAACAGAGGAUCCGUUCCGAAAAGGACAAGGAACGGCAGGCCAGGCGUGAGGAGGAGCGUCGCAUCAAGGAGGAAGCGGACGCCAAGAAGAAGGCCGGCGAAGAAGCCAAAAAGAAGUCUGCUCUGACCAACAUGGGAUCCAACUACGGCAGCCACCUGCAGAGGGCGGACCAGAAGCGCGGAGGCAAGAAAGAGACGGAGCGAGAGAAGAAGAAGAAGAUUUUGGCCGCCAGGCGCAAGCAACUCAACAUCGACCAUCUCAACGAGGACAAGCUAAAGGACAAGAUCAACGAGUUGUACGAUUGGAUGUGUCAGCUGGAGUCGGAGAAGUUCGACCACAUGGAGAGGCUGAAGAAGCAGAAGUACGAAGUCACCACCCUGCGUAAGAGAGUGGAGGAGCUCAGCAAGUUCAGCAAGAAGGGAGCCGCCGCCCGCCGAAGGAAGUAGACGCCGCUGGCGAAAUUAUUCGAGCUGAGAAGACGCACCACGUCGUCGCGCUGAAGACGCAACGUUAUCGCAAGCCGCUAGCGACUAGUGGCUAGCUGCUAACGAUAGCAAUAAAAACAUCUUGGACCUCCAUGCUCUCUCGACUGUUUGGUUCUCAGUAUUUUUGUAAAUAAAGUUUGACUCUUCAAGACGA